UUGACGUCACGACGUUUGCGGAGGAGGCGUGGCUUCGUUCUGCUGCAGCAGCGGAGAAACAUGACAUAAGAGGCGAGGGAGUGAGACAGCCUGGUAGGAAUAAACGGUACGUCAGAGGUCUGGAUGAAAACGUAAUGAUGGGGAGCAAUGACUGAAAUCGCCACGGAUUCUGUGCUUCCCCGGAGUCUUCCUCCCCCGCUCUGCCACUGAAGCCAUGGACUAGAUUCACGUCUGGUCCGGACGGUCCCGUGGUCAUCAGAUGGCUCCUCAACAACUGUCGGCCAAAAAUCAGAACAUGAGAACGUGAAGGCUGGCGUCCACCAAGGCCACCGCUGCACCGUGGGCAGCGCACACUCAUGAUCACAUGACUCUGGACAUGGACGCGGUCCUGUCAGACUUUGUUCGGUCCACGGGGGCAGAACCGGGUCUGGCCAGAGACCUGCUGGAAGGUAAAAACUGGGACCUCAGUGCUGCUUUGAAUGAUUACGAGGAGCUCCGGCAGGUCCACACUGCCAACCUGCCGCAGGUCUUUAACGAGGGCCGCUACUACAAGCAGCCGGAGACUCGCGACACGCCCACCCACGUCAACAAGAUCGACAGGCCGUGUGCGCAGAAGCAGGAGGACAAUGCACAAGAGAAGCGUCUGUCCCGCGGGAUCUCCCAUGCCAGCUCUGCUAUCGUCUCCCUGGCACGGCUGCAGGUGGCCAAUGAGUGUACCAGCGAGCAGUUCCCGCUAGAGGUGCCCAUUUAUACAUUCCAGCUCCCCGACCUCAGCGUCUACAGCGAGGACUUCAGGAGCUUCAUCGAGAGAGAUCUGAUCGAGCAGUCCACCAUGAUGGCUCUGGAGCAGGCUGGACGUCUGAACUGGUGGUCCACUACAUGCACCAGUUGUAAGAAGCUACUUCCUCUGGCCACCACCGGGGAUGGGAACUGCCUUCUGCAUGCUGCCUCUUUAGGGAUGUGGGGCUUUCACGACAGAGACCUGAUGCUGCGGAAGUCUCUGUACACCAUGAUGAAGAGCGGAGCGGAGCAAGACGCACUGAAGAGGAGGUGGAGGUGGCAGCAGACGCAGCAGAACAAGGAGUCGGGGCUGGUGUACACCGAGGAGGAGUGGGAACGAGAGUGGAGCGAGCUGCUGAAGUUGGCCUCCAGUGAGCCUCGAACCCACCUCAGCAAAGCUGGGAACACCAGCGGAGGGGUGGAUAACUCGGAGGAUCCAGUGUAUGAGAGUUUGGAGGAGUUCCAUGUGUUUGUGCUGGCCCAUGUGCUGCGCAGGCCGAUUGUAGUGGUGGCCGACACCAUGCUCAGAGACUCAGGAGGAGAAGCGUUCGCUCCCAUCCCGUUUGGAGGGCUCUAUUUGCCCCUGGAAGUGCCUCCGAGCCGCUGUCACUGCUCCCCUCUGGUCCUGGCCUACGAUCAGGCUCACUUCUCCGCACUGGUGUCCAUGGAGCAGAGAGAUCAGCAGCGAGAGCAAGCCGUUAUCCCUCUGACCGACUCUGAGCACAAGCUGCUGGCGCUCCAUUUUGCCGUGGAUCCCGGCAGAGAUUGGGAGUGGGGAAAGGAUGAUAACGAUAACGCCAAGCUGGCCAGUCUAAUCUUGUCUCUGGAGGCCAAACUCAACCUGCUGCACAACUACAUGAAUGUAACGUGGAUCCAAAUCCCCUCUGAAACAAGGGCUCCCUUGGCUCAGCCAGAGUCUCCCACAGCCUCUGCAGGUGAGGAUGUCCAGUCCCUCGCCGAGUCCAUGGACUCUGACCGUGAGUCUAUCGGCAGCAACUCAAACGUCAACACRGGCAAGCCCGGCAAAGAGAAGGACAAGGAGAAGCAACGCAAAGACAAGGACAAAGGUCGAACCGAUUCUGUGGCCAAUCGACUUGGAAGCUUCAGCAAAACACUGGGCAUCAAGCUGAAGAAGAACAUGGGUGGUCUCGGGGGGCUUGUGCAUGGCAAGAUGAACAAGUCCAACUCUGGCUCAGGUCGUAACGGGGACAACGGAGGGGAAAAGGCGAAGAAGAAGGAGUCCAAGACAACCAAGGGAAGCAAGGAGGAGUCGGGCCAGUCGACCAGCUCUACCUCCUCUGAGAAAGCCACCAGUCCCUCCCCUACAGACGGGGAGAGACCUUCCAGCUCRUCCCCGACAGAGAGACAGGACAGUGCAGGGAAAAGCUCAGGCGACAGGACCCUGGAAAGCUGGAGGUACAGCACAGAUGUCAAGCUCAGCCUCAACAUCCUGCGGGCCGCCAUGCAGGGGGAGCGCAAGUUCAUCUUCGCGGGACUCCUGCUCACGAGCCACCGCCACCAGUUCCACGAGGAGAUGAUCAGCUACUAUCUCACCAACGCCCAGGAGCGCUUCAGCCAGGAGCAGGAGCAGAAGAGGAAAGAGGCCGAGAAGAAGCCGCACGCCGCCAACGACGUGGCGGCGAAGAAGCCGGAGCACGAGAGCGUCUUCCAGAGGGAGAGGUCCGACAGCUCGCCCCCGGAGAGCUGCUCUCCGGUCCUGCCCCACCACACCUGCAGCAACCCACAGCCCCUGCUGGGCCUCAAGACGCAGGGCAGAAACAGCCCCGCUCCUGCAGCCACGCUCGUUCCUGUUCCAGCCCCGCCUCUCACCCCGCCAGCAACCUCCCACCACGCCUCUCACCCGGCCCCCGUCCCCGCGCCUUACUCCUCCCCCAGCAUUGGUGCUAAGAGACCUGGGCCCGUUCCUGUGUCCGCCCAUUACAGCCAUACGCCGCCCAUUCAGAGGCACAGCGUCAUUCACUUACAAGAUGUCAACGUGCAAUCCUCCAUCUUCCACGACGAGCCCUAUAAGCCCGUGGUGGGCACCCUAAAAACGUGCGCCACCUACCCUCAGCAGAACCGCACCCUCUCGUCCCAGAGUUACAGCCCGGCCCGCCUGUCGGGGGUCCGCACCGUCAACACCCUGGAAGCCCUGGCCUACAGCAUGCCCGGCGAACACAAGUCCCACACGUACACCAACGGGUUCAACGCGGCCGACAUUCAGGACUGCCUCGAGUUCGCUGACGAGGACAACGCGUCUCACAGCUGGCUCGGCCAAGACAAAACCAAAGGGCGGAGCUCUGGAAGCCCCUUGUACUGCUUCCAGCAGCGCCGCUGCAAGAGGGAGAACUGCUCCUUCUACGGGAGGCCCGAGACGGACAACUACUGCUCCUACUGCUACCGAGAGGAGCUGAAGCGCAGGGAGAGGGAGAGCAAAGUGCAGAGGCCUGUAUAGCCAUCACCGCUGCUUCAGCCACAACACGGCCUGCGGGAGACUCGAGGGAACGACACCAUCUGCACUCCGCAUUUAGAGAUCGCCAACAUGUUCCCUGUUUGUCCAAUAACGCUCGUGUGUUCCUGUCCGCCCCGCCCUUGUUAGUAAAAAUUCUUACUUUCUGGUGGUGGGGGGGGAGCAGAACGUGAAACAGUGAGCAGCUUUGGCCAGAUUAUCAUUUUCUUUUCUUUUGGUCUCAUUAAAUUUAGUCUUUUACUUGUUUUAGAGUAAAAGUUAUCUCUGGUGUAAUUUAUCAGUACGUAACAGGGAAAGGUCUUUAUUUUUUUUUUUUUUGAAUUACUGGAGAAUUGCAUCUCAUCAGGAAGGGACAUUUUAGCUCUUUUAAUCAGUUUGAAUGCAAUACCUCUGCCUGGUUCUUUCCAAGUCUCUGCGGGAUGUUUGUAGUUGUUUUGCAAUCAAAAAGAAAUCAAACGAGGGGGUGGGGGAUUAAUAUUAGWCUUUAAAAGCAAUAAAUUGGUGGUCCUUUUUUGCUACACUCUCUCCCAAUUUUGUCUAUGCACCGAUAAUAUGGAUACUGUAGUUAACUGUGUCUUGUAAAUUGUAAACAAGCAUCACAUUGUGCUUUUUUGUAAACAAAUUUGACAUACAGGAAUUAAAAGUGUGAACAUUUYAGACUGUAACGUUGGGUUAGGAUGAAGUGUUGAGUUGUUUUUCAGUUUUUGUUUUCUGUUAACUGUAAUUUUGYUCUCGCCGUGUCCAGGAAGGGUCAAAAUUGGAUUUCUUGUGUAAGCUAUACUUUCACAUCUUCGCAUGUAACCGACGACCUAAAAUCCACAAACACUGCCAAGCUGGCUUAUUGAAAUCCAAAUUCCUGAAACAUUCUGUGCCAAACACGGARCAACGCAACUCGGAUUGAUCCGCUUCUCAGAUCUGCAGUGUUCAUGGUGUGUUUCUCCGAGAACCCGGUAAAUGUGUUUAGAGACAAACUGAGUCGUGACGGCAGGCUGAUGUGUUUUUUUUUUUUUUUGUCUGAAGUGUAAUUACAUGUCUCUUUACCUCCUACACACACGCCAACAACACGAUGUGCAGUCAUGCUCUCAGCACUACGUGGUGACCUGCAGUGUAAAUCGGUCCAGUGUGAGAUUUUGUCCUUCUUCCAUAUCUUAGAGGCCGUUAAAAGAAGCACCCUGCUGCUACGAGCACCUUCAAGCCUUUGUGAUCAUUAGUGCUUUAAUCAAUCAGUGGGAUUUAAAAAAAAAACAAGAAUUCAAUAAAAGACAGGCCUCCAAGUGCUCAUUUUGACAUGACUUUUGUAACAAUGCAAGUGUUUGUGUUUGCUGUUUGUCCCGGUGAUGCUUGGAUACCGUUUAUCAUGCUGUCCUUAACAGAGUGUGUCCUGGCCAAGGAUGUCCACUGCUCCCUUUGUUUGCUUCUGUCUCUCUCUCUCUCUGCUGUGCACACUGCAGUGUUGCUCCUCCUUGUUUCUAUGUGACUAGAGUUCAUGGACUCUCACCAUGUUAGGACUGUAAGAUAUUAUUUUGUAUUCCUUUAAGAGUUUUACACUAAAAUGUUAAUUUGCACAUUAGGUACAGAUGUAAAUAUAGAGGGGAAAAAAUAAUUUAUUGUUACAAA